AUCGGCGUCAUACGCCCACAACCUUGCACCAAGCAGCAACCUCUGCAGAUCCUUAUUACCAGGUGAUGCGAAUGCGAAUAAGUGCUAAACACAAGUCGAGACAAGCCGAGACCGUGUUGGGUGAAGAUAGUCAGACGUCACCAACAAACUAACAGUGAGCGCACGCUCGCCGCAGCAUACCUUUCCGGCACUGCCGGGCAUCCAGCAGUCUUCGUUUGACCUCCAAGACCAUCCAGCAGUAGUGCGGUCAUGUCCACGUCGAACACACCUCUCGGGCGCCGCGAGAAUACCAAGCUUGCGCAGCUAGCUGCCGUCCAGCACGAAAUCGACUGGCAGCAGAGCGUCGGUGUCAAGAUUCUGCUGGGCGGUAUCGCCAAUACCUUUGCGACGGCCGUGACCAACCCUAUCGACGUUGUCAAGGUGCGGCUGCAGCUACAGGCACUGGAGCCCGUGACGGCUGCUGGUAGUACUGCUCCGACGCGAUAUCUAGGCUUUGGCCAUGGUCUUAAGACAAUUUGGAAUGAGGAGGGCUUCGCCGGCUGGGCAAAGGGUUGGCAGCCGUCAUUACUGCGCGAGUUCAUCUACUCGGGUAUUCGCUUUGGCAUGUACGACGUAGUCAAGGAAACUUUUGAAAACAAUAUCUUUCACGUCUCGGCGGACGAGCGUGCCACGUCUCCGCUGUACGUUAAGCUGUUGGCAGGCGCCGCGACUGGCGGUAUUGGAAGUGCACUCGUAAACCCCAUGGAUCUCGUCAAAGUCCGUAUGCAGGCGGAUCGCUCUGGUACUCGCUACAACAACAGCUUCACCUUUGCGUGCCGUCAGAUCUACACACAGGAGGGUCUUGUUGAGGGCUUCUACCGUGGUGUUACUGCCACAACGUUCCGUGCGAUGGCUCUAACAGCAGCGCAACUGCCCAGUUAUGAUCACAUGAAGCACACCCUCCUGACGCAGACGUCGCUGGAGGAAGGUAUGACGGUGCAUAUGAUCUCGAGCAUGUUUGCCGGAUUAAUGGCAGCCACCGCGUCGUCACCUAUGGAUGUGAUGAAGACUCAGAUCCAGAAUGAAGCUAAGAGUGGAGGAGCCAACGUCCUUGGUCGCGCUUUCAUGCAAGUGGUGCGCACUGAAGGUAUCCGCGGCUUUUUUAAAGGCUGGUUACCGAACUGGUUCCGCCUUGGCCCGCACACCAUCAUUUCACUGAUGGUGUAUGAGGAACUGCGUUCUUCCAUGGGUAUCAAGCCCAUGUAGGCGACUAGAAGUAGCUAGUGCCGCCAUAAUGGUGGAGCGCUAAUGCGAUAAAAUCCUCUGCAUGGUUGAUCAUAAUAACUGGAGAAGUGAGAUGUAUGUACAGCACAGAUGUUCCUUCCUUACAACUACAAGUACGUCUGAGCAGCUCGUCGGUGUUAAUUGCACCGUAGCGAGAAGAGUGGCGCGACGACAGAACUCUCCCAGCGCAACGUCAACAACAACACUUCGCAGAGCCAAAACUGCUCCCAUGGAUGUUCUACCAACACUGACCCUCCAUAGGACAUACGACACCCACCCUCUUCGUCUUCCAGCAGUAUCCUAAGUGGCAAAUAAAAAAAAGUCAAUAGCCAUUCACUACAACAUACAAUCAAAUACCACCAGCGAAAUAUGCCCGUCAUCUUACCAGCGAAAGUCGUCCUGCCACAUCUCAGCCUUCCCCACCAUCG